AUGGGUUUGGAGGAUAUUGAUGUAGAUGACCCACCUCUCACGACGUCUGCGACACCACAGACCCAGAAGCAAUGCUCAUCAACUUUGCCUAACCCGCCUGUUACCAAUGUUGUCAAGGGUGCCUCAGCGCCCGUCGAUCUCGUCGAUUUGUUUGGUGAUUUAAAUGUUUCAACUGCUACCCCUGUGGUGGUAACGGCGGCGACUGUGGGGGCCGCAACCAACAGCAAGAACCAGGCACAUUAUGCUGGAAAUACCGCCGACGAUGAUUUUGAGUGGGUUACUGCGAAACCAAGUGUAGCGCCACCAUUGGCACCGAAGAGUUAUCAGGGAAAUGCUGGAACCUCUAACGACCCCCUUGAUAGCUUUUUCUCUCAGGCCGUUCCCACCCCCGCCGCUACAGAGACUGCAAAACCUCCCGACUCUUCUAAUGAUCUGUUCGACUUCUCGGAGCCGGUUGAACGCGUUAAGUACACAAAUGAGAACACCUUACUAGAGGCUUUCGCAAAUCAAGGCAAAGCAAAUCAGGGUGGUGGGAGUAAGGGACCGACACUCGCUGACCUUAGCAAAGGGUCUUCCGACAAUGUGGUGAAGGCUCGCUUGUUAAAGUUGAUGAAUUACUACGAUGUUCUUGGAGUUACGCCUGAUGCCACAGAGGCCGUUAUACGUCAGAGGUUUAAGAAGAAAGCACUUGAACUCCAUCCUGAUCGCGUCGGGCGGGACCAGACACCAGAAGAAGUGGAGUUGUUCAAAGUGAUGACGAAGGCACACGAGGUUCUUACAGAUCCAGAAGAACGGGCGAAGUAUGAUGCUCAGCUUUUGGGUGGUGUGCCGAGCGGUAGCCCCGAUUCUGAUUGGUUCUUUCCACCGAGUUGA